GACGCACUGCACACCGACGGAGCAGACCUGGGCAGGAUGAUGGUGGCCAGGCUCGGUCUGGGGCUGCUGCUUCUGGCACUGCUCUUACCUACGCAGAUUUAUUCAAAUCAAACAGCUGUUGUAACACCUUCAAGUAACUCCUCCCAGCACACGUCAGCUGCCCCCAAUCCAGCGAAUGCCACCACCAAGGCAAGUGACGGUGCUCUGCAGUCAACAGCCAGUCUCUUGGUGACCUCGGUCUCCCUUCUACAUCUCUACUGUUAAGAGACUUCGGACCAGGAAACAUCUAUACUUCCCCAUCCUCUAAACCCAACUCAGAUGGCAUCCAGACAUCCAGUGUGACAAGG